AUGCUUCUGAAGAAGAUAAGUGUGAUUUUUGUGGUCGAUAGUAACGACAGAGAACGGAUCAGUGAGGCCCAAGAAGAACUAACCAGAUUGUUAAUGGAGUAUGAGCUCAUGGAUGCAGGAUUGUUGGUGUUUGCAAAUAAACAGGAUGUUCCCAAUGCUAUGAGCACAGCAGAAAUAACAGACAAGCUUGGCUUACAGUCCAUCUGCCAGAGAAACUGGCACAUUCAGGCUACCAGCGCUACCAGUGGAGACGGGCUUUACGAAGGCCUGGACUGGCUCUCCAACCAGCUUAAGAACCAGAAAUGA